GAAUUGGACAAUAUGCUGGGCCAAUUAUUGUAGGUGGCUGCAUAUUCAUUUCCUAUGAAACUCUGGUACUGGGAGAAAGCGUGACGCUUGACACACAAGCUGUAGAACAAGAAAAGCUGAAGUCGUAUGUCUAUGUGUAUCCCAUUCUACUAGAAAAGCAAGGAUUGGAGGGAGUUCCAGGCAAAGCCAGAAAAGGACUACAAAAGGCAGUCAAAAGACUGGUGCAAGCCACAGCCAAGAUUUUCUCAUUGCCCCUGGAUGAGCAUUACUUAAGACAGGAUGUGGAAAGCCAUGAUUCUGAUUUGUGGCUUCUUCUAAAACGGACACAAUCUACAUGUAAAGCAGUACGUGUGCAGGCUGUUCAGGAACUGGCGAAGAAGUAUCACUGGCAUGAUUAUCAGUACAGAACGCUGGCCCAAGCAUUAGAUCAGAAAACAAGCAUUGGGCUAGCCCGAUCACAGGAUGUUGACUUUCGCUUUUUUUUACAUCCUCCAUCACCAAGAAUAAUUGAGAACUCCUGCAUUGAAGAUGAGCUCAGAAAUCUGCUGGCCUCUCUACCACAAUCUGAAGUGGAUCAGUGUGUGCAGUACUUUACUUCUCUUGCUCUACGAGAAAGUAAUCAGUCUUUGUCAGCACAAAGGGGAGGCUUAUGGUGUUUUGGAGGGAAUGGGCUUCCUUACGCACAGAGUUUGAGCUCUGUUCCAUCCGAGAAAGUUGAGUCAUUUUGUCUUCAAGCACUAGCUCAACAUUCCAAGAUCAUGUGUCAGACAUCAGGACCUUCACAGGGCCCCAGUGUGCAUUCGGAUAAUCUGCAGAUUGUUCCAAGUCACUGUGACAAGAUUGUAAUGAAUGGAGGUCUGCAGUUGCUUCAGAAAAUAUAUCAGCUACGUCAUGAUUCUCAGAAAAUUCAAAGGAAUAUCAUUCGAACAAUUGGAAAUUUGGCUUUACAUGAACAUCUUCACUCAGCCAUUGUACAAUCAGGAUGGAUUGGUAUACUCGCUGAGGCAAUGAAAUCACCACACGUUAUUCACGCUUCACAUGCGGCAAGAGCCUUGGCCAAUCUUGACAGGGACACAGUAAAGGAGAAGUAUGAGGAUGGAGUAUAUAUUCUUCAUCCUCAGUAUAGAACCAGUCAGUCAAUCAAAGCAGAUGUUCUUUUCAUCCAUGGUCUGCUGGGGGCAGCUUUUAAAACAUGGCGACAGAAGGACCACAGUAAUAUGGAGGAUAAGGAUGCUGAUUACACAGAAUGUUGGCCAAAGACCUGGUUGGCUGCAGACUGCCCCAAUCUCAGAAUAUUGUCAGUGGAGUAUGACAGCCACCUUAGCGACUGGAGAUCCAAGUGCCCUGUGGAAAAUGAAAGGAAAUCCAUGGCUUACAGGGGUCGGGAACUGUUGACUAAAUUGAAAGCUGCAGGUGUUGGGGAUAAGCCAAUGGUGUGGGUAGCACAUAGUAUGGGAGGCUUGCUAGUCAAAAAGAUGCUUUUAGAUGCUUCAGAGGAUCCUGAAUUGAGGUCAGUGGUUCAGAAUACCCAAGGGAUUGUAUUUUACAGUGUACCUCAUUGUGGAUCACGCUUAGCAGAAUACUCUGUCAAUGCUCGUUUUCUGCUGUUUCCCUCUGUUGAAGUCAAGGAACUUAGUAAGGAUUCACCUGCUUUGAGAGAACUGAAUGAUAAUUUCACCAGAUUGGUAGAGGAACAUAAAGUCAACUUAUUGAGCUUUGGAGAAAUGUUACCAACAUACAUCGGCAGCAUGAUCAAACUGCAUGUGGUGCCUCCAAAUUCAGCAGACUUGGGAAUUGGGGAUUUUAUUCCCUUGGAUGUUAAUCAUCUAAACAUUUGCAAACCUGGAAGCAGAAAUUCCUUUCUUUACCAGCGGAGUCUGAAAUUUAUAAAAGAUUCUCUGGAAAUUGAAUUCAAAAGGUGAAUCUUAGUCUCACCAAGCUUUGGCUUUACAGGGUGCUUUAUUGCAUUCUAUUCCUUAUCCAAACAAAAUUUUGAAAAAGCUAAGUACAUGUAUAUUUAAAGAUUAUCUUAAACAUUUUCGUAUUUAAUAAAUGAGACCUAUACCAUUAUAUUAUCGUGGAUUGAUUAAAGACAGACUAGAUGUGCUUACAUAUCUAUUUUAUGAAAAGGAUAGUUUUAAAUGAUUGUAUGCAAAACUGUACUUAAAUUGACAUGUUUAAUAGAACUAAUGUUAUUCAUUAGUAACAGUUAAUGUGUGUUUAUAUAGUUGUGAUACCAAGAGGAAACAAACAAAAGUUCACUAUAUGAUAAUCUUGAACAAACAUCUGAAUACAGGAAGCCAUUGUAAAUGUUUUUGUUCCCAGUGGAUGAUGCCUUGACAACAUUGACUUUCAAAGAAAAGUAAUUAAAGACAUUCAAAAACUA